CAGCUUGAGAAAGCAGCACAACGGGAGGAAUCUCUUUAACGUACUACGGUUUAUGUCAUUCCCUUGCGUGUAAGCGAUGUUGGGUUGGCAUCAGUAGACAGCCAAUGGUGUCCAGCUGUACGACUGGGAAAUGUAGCUCAAUUGAUCUCAUAAGCCCUUGUUUCGGAGGUUGGAAGGUUGCUUUACACACCGGUAGUGCUUUUCUACGGCAAUUGACAGCACAGAGAGUCCUUUGUCGUGGUCAAUUGGCGAUGUAUGGGCAUCACGACAGGGGGCCUCAAUGGCCCUUGACACCGUUAUGUGUCAAACGCCGUUGCCUGUGAUGUCCAAGAUCGCUUACUAAGCAGAUGGAUAGGCACGUGAUAAAUCACGUGACAUGCUCAUCGCCCGAACACACUACUACAAAUUUUUUCCAUGGCCAAUGGUAAGGAUUAACUAUAUAAUACACACUUGCUUUCUCUUCACAAGGACGCCGAUCGACUACGAUGACUCACAGAUGCCUAGCUCCGUGGACACGGUGCUACCGUCUGUACUCAACGAGGACAAAGCUCAAAGGGAUUUGGGAGUACGACAGCGAUCCCAUAGAGGCUUCCAAAUCGUUAUCCACAGAGAUGACGUCUCUACCCUUUGCGUACCGGAAGGAGAGUGAAUCGUUUGGCCAGCUGGUGAAAGGCUAUCACCACGAUGUGAAUGAAGAUACGAACCCAAAGGUGCGGGUGAUUAGUCGUGAAGAUCUGUGGAAACAGCCAGCAGACGGUGAAGUUAUGAAGAGAAGCCAUUACAAUACAGAACUGGGUAAGACCUUUAGAGACCAGAUCAAGAUCCCGGAGAGAAUAACCAAGUCGAUAUAUAACCAUAUGCUUGCCCUACGGUUGCCUAAAGUGCUGAGGUACCAAGUGGCACAGCAAUAUUUGAAGUUGAAGGAAGCCCAGUUGUACGAACCUACCCGGAAACCGCAUGAGAAUGAUGUUUACAUUGCGUCCUUCUUUACCCAGGAUUAUGCCUCUGUGUACCAGGUAUUGAAGGAGCUGUUCAAGAGGCAGCCAGACUUUACUCCAACGAAGGUGUUGGAUAUCGGAUACGGUCCAGCGACGGGUAUGAUUGCGCUGAAUGAGAUCAUGGGUAAUGAAUGGGACCCGGAAGUAAAGGAUUCCUUUAUCGUUGGUCACCAUGGAAUGCAAGAUAGAGCAAAGAUCCUCCUGUCAAGACAGUUAAAUGAAUACCCCGGUGCACUAGAAGAUCUAUUCACCGAGGAGGAGCUGCAUCAAGGGCUGAAUCGUGAUGAGGAUGUUCUAUUUGACGAUUUCAUAGGUGAGGUCAAGACCAACAAGAUCAAGAUCAAGACCAAGAUGCUGGACCGGUUGAAUACUUCAAAGAAGUACAAUUUGAUCAUUGCACAGCACCAGCUGUUACAAGAUCGAUCCCAGUUCCCUCAUGAGGUUGAUGCAAACGUCCAACUACUGUUGAAGAUGUUAGAACCAGAUGGAUUUCUAGUUCUUGUUGAAAGAGGCACUCCAUUAGGAUUUGAAAGUGUCGCAAGAGCAAGACAAACCAUGAUCAGACCAGAGAAGUUCCUCAGUGAACAUGGCAAGAUCCCAAGACCUUACUCCAAGGCCUCUGGUUCCGCAUUUGAACAGGAAUUCGAACAGGAAUUUGAAAUCGAUGACCAAAUUGAACUCGAUGAGGAGGCACUUAAGCUAAAGAGAGAGCUGGAGGAUAAAUAUGGCACCGUUGACGAAGAAGACUUGGAAUUUGAAGAGUUCUUUGAAGCUGGUGCUGAAGAGAAUACCAAUUAUCAUUUAAAGGUGAUUGCACCAUGUUCUCACCAUAGACCAUGCCCUCUACAGACCGGUAAACCACAGUUCUACGACUAUCCCUCUGGCUCAAAGUUGUCGUGGUGUCACUUUGAUAAAUCUGUUGAAAGACCUAGAUUUCUAUUGGAACUCAAGAGAGGUCAAGUGUUAUCCUCCAAAUGGGCUGAUCGCACAAGAAUAUCUCCAACCUCAGGGACAAAGGGGUCAAGCGGACGCAUUGAUGGUAAUAACUAUGAGAUUGCCAACUAUUCCUAUCUCAUAGUGGCACGUUGCGCUACAGAUUCAGCAACUGUGACUUCUAUUGAACAAGAAAGGACCAACCAAACCCAGACUUUCUCCAUUGGUUCCACUCCUAGUGAUCCAUCUCUAUGGCCGCGUAUUCUCAAGACUCCAAUGAAACGUAAGGGACAUGUGACGAUGUCAGUGUGUGGCUCUAGUGGAGAGAUCGAGAAGUGGACCAUCACCAAAUCAUUUGAUAAGCUAUCAUAUCAUGAUGCACGUAAGGCUACAAGUGGUGAUCUCUGGGGGUUAGAUGCGAAGACCAAACUACCAGGAAGGUCAAAUCAGGAUCAACAGCUCCAGAACAAGUUACAGAGCUAUGAAGACGACUUGUUGAGCAAGAUGAAACGAGAUGUCAAGUUCAAGACGAAGAAAGAGAGGAAGGCCUUUGAAGUACGCUCAGCUCACCUCGGUCAAAGAGAAAUGAGUCCAGAAGAGAUGGUUGACGUCUAUACAACGAGGUUCAACAUGAAACGUUGACCCACAUUGUUUGGAUUCCAUGUAUAUAUUAAUUAGGGGGGAAUAAAAUGCUUGUAAAUUGAUAAACAGUUCUA